GCCCCAGACAAGCUCUUUUGGCGCACACAACGUGUCGGUCGGAGCGACAGAGCAGCAGCAGCAGAUGGACGACGAUGCGGGCGUCAUCGAGUUCACCUCGGACACGCAGCUGAUCGAAGGAAGCGACGCGGUCAUGGCCUCGACGGCGGAGACGGGGCUCGUCCUCGUGCCAUCACCGGCCGUCCGAUUCAAGCAGCUCGAAAAAGACACGGACUUGAACUUGUCACCCACCGCCAAAGAGCGCCGCGUGCACCAAGCGUACCUCCAGCAGCUGCAGCUGCCGCUGCGCACGCCUCGCCAGCCACAGAUGUCACUGCGUCUCCAUCACGGGCGCGUCGAGCUCGCCGGCUGCGGCUACGAGUACGGCCUGCCCGAGACGACGACGCCGUACCGUUCGAUGCCAGGCGCCUCGGCGCCGUCGACCGCAUCGGACGACCUACCAUCUCCGGGCGGGACGUCACCCAAGGACAUGCCCGACGUGCACUUCCUCGGACCCGCCGAGAGCAUCAAGACGCUCUUCAAGCUGCCGUACUCGCGCAGCCGCGUCUCGCUUGCGAUCCACCGCGUGGGCAACACGCUCGUCGUCGACGGCGAUGUCGACGAGACGGACCUUCCGAAGGGCUUUGACGAGUGCAACGAGGUGCUCCGCAUCGGCCAUAGCGCGCCGCUUCUCGAGCAGGACCCGGCGCUGUUCGAGAACUUCAUCUACCAAAGCACGCUGGCGCUGCCACCGCCCGAGGCCGACGACGAUGAGUUUGCCCCCACUGUCUCGGUCGAGCCCAAGGCCAAGCCGUCCAAGGCCAAGCUCUCGGCCAAGGAGAAGAAGCGACGGGCCAGGCGCAAGAAGCAACCUCAGCCGGGGCUGUCGGCCUUGCAUCGGCCUCCAUUGGACGACGACGCGGCCGAAGAGGAUGACAAGACGUCGUCACAUGCGUCGUCUUCGCCGCUGCCCAACGUCGUCCCUGCGUUCCAGCGCAUUUUGAAGUGGAAGUUUCACGACAUGCAAAUGUUGCUCGGCAGCGACGUGCAGCUCUUCAGCAACAAGGAGCACCCAUCCGUGUCGCUCAAGCUCCAUGACGCCGACCAGGAUCUCUCGCUGUGCACCGUCCUCGACUACUACCUCGACAACGUCAUUGCCAACAUUCCCGAAUUGGCCAUUUGCAUGCACUCGAAAGGCCACGUGCGCGGGUACCAGCUCGUCGAGACGCGCGACAUUCCGUACCUCAACGGCUCGUCGACGCCUCUCUUUGACAUCCACGACGUCAACCUCAAUGCGACGAUGCUCUUCAAGUUUCUGCAACACAAUUGCUCGGAAGCCAACGGCACGUACUGGCUGUACCGGGCCGAAGGCGACUUUUCCCUUCGCCUCUACGACGUACGCCUGCUCGCGCGCGGCCAGCAAAGAAAGUGGAAGUACAUGAUGGCGAUGCUCUGCUACCGCUUUGCCUCGCGCGCCGCGCGGCUCAUCUCGUCGGCGUUCGAAGCGCCGGCGCUGCAGACGCGGCUGCGGCACCGACAGCGCGAGCUCCUCGGCACGUGCCUCGAGCUCCUCAAGGAGCUUCGUCGGGACCACGGCGGGUCCCGCGCGCAAGACUCGAUCUCGGCGUCGGUCGCCGAGCAAAUGGCAGAUACGUACCUCCGCGAACUCGACGAGAGCAGCAGCGCCAGCGAGAAGGCCGCGCUCCUCCGCCAAGCCAAGCUGCACUUGCAGCAGAGCAUUCGCGUUCUCGAGAGCUGCGUUGCCGACUACUUUGCUGAGAAGGACGCCACAGCCGCGUCCAAAGGCGGUCUUCCGCUCUCCGAGACUCUUCUCUCGUCGCCGCUGCCUCGGGGAGACGGACGUCAUGAUGAUGCGCAAGACGAGGCGGAUGCCCACGGUGAUGACGACGAUGACGAUGACGAUGAUGAGGAUGCAGUGGGUCUCUUUAUGGAAGAAGAAGUGAGUCGACUCCAACUCAAGCAUGCAUCGACGGCGCUGCAUCUCGCCGCCGUGUACAUGGAGAACCACGCGGCCGCCGAUGCUUUGCGAAGCCUCCACGACGCCUGUGGGUUCCUUCGCGUUGAUGCACUCCCGCCACCGACGCCGCUCGCGCCCGUCGACUCGAUUGCGUUCUUCCAGACGUUCCUCGACGACCUUGAUUUUGGUGGCGUCGGUCACGCCAAGUCGAAAACGUUCCUCAAGUCGCUCUACAGCGUGCUUGAGGUCCGCGCACAUGUGCUCGAGGCCCUUGGCGACCUCGCGAGCAGCCAGCGCCUCGGCGAUCUCGCACCCGCCGUCGCGCUCACCUACCAACUCCUCACGUCCGCGGUUCGGCCGUCAACAAUGACCUUCCUGCAGCAGGCCUUUGCACCGACGGUGUUUGGUGCGCUCGUGGAAACCCACCGACCGCUUCUGGACGCGACGACGAACCUGUCGUUCUUUGCCUACCUGGCCGCGCUCUCGCCACCCGUCAACGCCGAACACUACUUUGUGCUCAUGAAGAAGCUCGGAAACGCCGCGAACGAGAGAGGCAAGUUCUUCUUGGCGCGGAAGGACUUGCAGCAAGCCUACCUGUGGUUUGAAGGCGGCAGUCUUCUCUUUGAAGCCAUCGAAGAUGGAGCGAACGCGGCGCUGCUGUGUGCCAACUUGGCCAACUUGCACAAGAUUUUGGCCGACGCGGAUGGCCGCCAGGACGAGCACUACGCCAAGGCGAUCGGUCUCUGCACCAAAGCCCACGCGCUCUUGAAAGCGUCGCGCGCGAACGAAGUCCACGCCAAAGUCACGGGCGAGCUCGCACUCACGUACCUCGUCUGGGCCGUGCGCUUGAGCUUGAACGCACCCGUGCACAGCGACGUGGAGGCGAAUAUCGCUGCCAAGUUCAACAAGGCGCUGCAUCUGUACCUCGAGAUCAACGACGCGCGCCAAGUGGCCUCGACGCACUACCAAAUGGCGUCCUUCUACAGCCGGCAGCUGGUCGGGAAGCUCGACGCGACGACCCGCACCAAGAUGGAGCUGGCGCGACGCCACUACGAGAAGGCUCUCUUGUACUUUGGCGUUGUCGACGUCGGCAAGACGUUUGUCAUCAUCCACCAAGAACUCGCAGCGUUGUACGCAGCCUCGGACAAGGCCGAAGACAUUGAACAUGCACUGCUCGUGCUCCUCAACACGUACGAAGCGUACUCGAAAAGCCACCGCUUGUCGCUCGACGACCGGACGACCUUGGCGACUGUCGCUCCGAGCAUCCUCGAAGGCGUCCAGAACUACCUCCUCCGCCUCGUGCGCGCGCCGUGUGCGACCAAGAGCGUCAAAGCGCGCAGCAGCGUCUUCAAGCAAAUGUACAAGGAAGCGAUUUGCAACCGGGACGCGCCGUUGGCCCAAGUGCUCUGUACGCUGCGCACAUUGUAUGCGUCUUGA